AUUUCCCCCUCUGCUGUCUUUUGCUCUUUCUCUCUGCGGCCAGCUGUCAGUCACUUGUCAAUAAUCCGUCUUUUUUCUGCGUGCUCUCCUUUCCUCUCCGUCUACUUCCUCUCGUUCCCCCCAUCGUCGUGGUCUCUGGGCUCUCUGCACCCCGGGGGGGCGAGACAUGCAUCGGGCGCCAUGGGGUUCAUGGAGUUCUACCUGGAGAUCGACCCUGUCACCCUGAACCUGAUCAUCCUGGUGGCGAGCUACGUGAUCCUGCUCCUGGUCUUCCUCAUCUCCUGCAUCCUGUACGACUGCCGGGGCAAAGACCCCACCAAGGAGUACGCCCCCGACGCCGCGCCGCCCCCCCCCAGCCAGUCGCCCAUACGCCUGGUGGUCAUGCAGAACUCGCCCGCCUCGGCCCGCUACGAGCCCAGCAGCACGGGGGGGCCCGCCGAGACCCCCACGCCGGACCUGAGCCGGGACCGGGACCGGGACCGGGGAGAGAGGGAGCUGGAGAGGGAGCGAGAGAAGAGGAGUACUCUGGUCUGAGGACGAACAUCACGAUUUUCUCGUUUGUUAAGUGUACAUGUCAAGAUUUUCAAAUUUAUUACCUGGACUUUUCACGAUUUUUUCAUUUAUUAAGUGUAUAUGUUGCGAUUUUCUCAUUUACAUGUCACGAUUUUUCUCGUUUAUCACAUAUACAUGUCAAGAUUUUCUUGUUUAUUACGUAUACAUGUGACGAUGUUCUCGUUUAGUAAGUGUACAUGUCACGAGUUUUUCGUUUAUUACGUGUACA